AUGAACGGCCGCGCCGGCGCCCCCCGCGGCCCGAGGCCUCCGAGCGCGGUGCAGCCGGAGCGCGGCCCUUCCUCCUCCGUUCCGCCCCGCGGGCAGCUCCGCUCCGGGCCCCGCCGUCCGCCGCUUCGCCCCGGCCCGCCCCGCCGCCGGGCCCGGCCCGCAGCCCCGCGCUGCUCACCCCGCGGCCCCCCGGCUCCCUCCUUUGUUGCUGCCGGAGCCCGGCGGCAGCGCAUGGGCGCAACGGAAGCGCCCGAGCCCAGUUCCGGCCGCCUCCUCCCGCCGCCCGCCUCGCGCGCACCCCGGGCGGAGCGCAGCGCAGCGCAGCGAUCGCAGCGCCGCCACAGUGCGCGGGGCCGCCCGCGGCCGCCGGGAAUGGCGCUGCCCCGGGGCGCGCGGCCCCGCCGGGCCCGGGUCUCUCCGCGGAGCGUCCGCCCCACUGCUGCGGCCGCGGAGCGGACCGCGCUGAGCCCCGCAGGACGCGCGGCCAGGUGCCGGGCACGGCUGGACGGCGCCCGUCGGGCCGCCCCGUGGGCUCCUUCGGCGCCCGCUGCGCUGAGGGCUCCUCGUGCGCAGCCUCUGGAGAACGGCGCGCCCCCACCCCGCUGA